AUGCUCUCAAUGCUUUUCAAAAACACUACAUAAAAAGUCCUAAAUAGACAGCUUCUCACUCAAGUCCAAAGUUAGGUAAACAAUUUAUUCUAAUCUUAACCUAUUUUCAGAGAAACUUUGCAACUCUAGUUUUAGGUCGAUAUUUUUGUACAUGGAGGAAAAGAUAGUAUAUCAAAGUAGGUUGAGGAAGUCUAGAAAUACCCAGGAAUCAGAUCAAUCAUAACUUCUGCCUCUGAUGACCUUUCAAACCCAUAUGGAGAUCAUGUCUCUUAAACUCUGAAGAAAGUUGUAGAAUCUCAUAGCUAUGAUAAGGUGAUUGCUUCUACAUCUGCUUUUGGAAAGGAUGUCACUCCAAGACUAGGAGGUCUUCUUGAUGUUCAACCUAUUACUGAUGUUAUUUAGGUUAUUAAUAAUGGACAAUAGUUCUUAAGACCUAUUUAUGCUGGAAAUGCUUUAUCUACUGUUUCGUCAAGUGAUAAGAUUAAGAUCUUGACCAUCAGAGCUACCAAUUUUGAAAAGAUUGCUGCAGGAUCAGCAAACACUUAUCCGGUUAAGGAAGUUGCAGCUUAAAAUGAUAAUGUUCAAGGAAAAUGGCUUGAGAAUAAUGUAUCAGAGUCUGAAAUGGUCGAACUUGGAUCUGCAAAGUAUGUUGUUUCAGGGGGUAGAGGAAUGAAAAAUGGAGAGAAUUUCAAGAUCCUUUACGAGCUUGCUAACGUUCUUGGAAAGCAACACUGCGCUGUUGGAGCAUCAAGAGCUGCUGUAGAUGCUGGAUUUGUUCCUAAUGAUAUGCAAAUUGGAUAAACAGGAAAGGUCGUUGCCCCUGAUCUCUAUAUUGCAGUUGGCAUCAGUGGAGCCAUUUAGCACUUAGCAGGUAUGAAGGAUUCAAAGGUAAUUGUUGCCAUUAACAAAGAUCCUGAAGCAGCAAUCUUUAAGGUUGCAAAUUAUGGUUUAGUUGAUGAUCUGUUCAAAGUUAUCCCAGAGCUUUCUCAAAAGAUAAAGGCUCUCCAGUGA